UCGCACAUAAUGGCGGAGGUUGUGUUUUUUAUAUCAGUAAUUAAAUCCGGUAAUGUUUUUUUUAAAUGAUUGAAUCUUAACGUGUGCUUUUAUUUAUGUUAGCGUCCGUUUUAGUUUUUGCCUUGACUUUGAGAUCUGAGAAUAGUGAAGAUUUUCUAGAGAAUGGAGUUUGUGUACGUCGAGCUAUCGAUAUAUUUAUUGAAUUAGUGUGAGUGAAGGAGGGUCGCCGGUAUCCGAGCUACGAGGGUGGCGGCGGUAGCAGAACAAAAUGGGGGCUCAGCAGGCCAAAGAACGCGGCACGGCCAGCGGCGCGUCCAUGCGUUCGGCAAGGAACAAGCCCCGGGUGCCCAGAGACCCCCGCAUGCUCGGCUCGAAUAUUUUUACUGAACACAGUGAGGCUCUGCUACAGAGUCGGCCCUUGCCGCAUAUUCCGGAUUUGCCUGACAGUGAAGGUGCCUCCGCCGCACCAGCUACACCACAACCUCUAGACUCCGCUAACAGAUGGACUUCAAAGGAGAAUUUGCUAGCGCACCACGAGGAGGAAGAUCCUCAACUCUUUGUUGCGCUUUACGAUUUUCAAGCCGGAGGCGAAAACCAACUUAGCCUCAAGAAAGGCGAGCAAGUGCGUAUAAUGAGCUACAAUAAGAGCGGCGAAUGGUGUGAAGCGCACACGCUGUCCGGCGGCGUGGGCUGGGUACCCAGCAACUACGUGACGCCUGUCAACUCUCUAGAGAAACAUUCCUGGUACCAUGGCCCGAUAUCUCGAAACGCAGCUGAAUAUUUACUUUCAUCUGGGAUCAAUGGUAGUUUCCUGGUACGAGAAUCCGAGUCUAGUCCUGGCCAAAGAAGUAUAUCGUUACGGUACGAAGGUCGCGUCUAUCACUACCGUAUAAAUGAAGACUCCGACGGGAAGGUGUACGUGACAUCGGAAUCGAAGUUCGGCACGCUCGCCGAACUCGUGCACCAUCACUCGGUGCUUGGUGACGGCUUGAUCACUCAGCUGCUGUAUCCGGCACCGAAACGAAACAAACCCACCGUGUUCCCGCUCGCGCCGCCCGACGAGUGGGAAAUAGACCGAACCGAUAUUGUUAUGAAACACAAGCUCGGCGGUGGGCAGUACGGGGACGUGUACGAAGCCGCUUGGAAGAGGUGCAACAUGACUGUUGCGGUGAAAACUCUUAAAGAUGAUACGAUGGCUCUAAAAGAUUUUCUCGAGGAGGCUGCCAUUAUGAAGGAGAUGAGGCAUCCUAACCUCGUGCAACUGUUAGGAGUGUGCACCCGCGAGCCACCCUUCUACAUCAUCACAGAGUUCAUGAGUCGCGGCAACCUGCUGGAUUACCUGCGCACCGGCAACCGCGAACAAAUCGACGCCGUCGUCCUAAUGUACAUGGCGACCCAAAUCGCAUCCGGAAUGAGUUAUCUGGAAAGUCGUUCAUUUAUACACAGGGACCUCGCAGCUCGCAACUGCCUCGUCGGCGAGAACCACCUCGUGAAGGUUGCAGACUUCGGUCUCGCGCGUCUGAUGCGCGAUGACACUUACACCGCCCACGCGGGCGCAAAGUUCCCUAUCAAGUGGACUGCCCCCGAAGGGCUGGCCUAUAAUACCUUCAGCACCAAGUCCGAUGUAUGGGCUUUCGGUAUCCUGCUCUGGGAGAUAGCUACGUACGGCAUGUCUCCAUACCCCGGCGUCGACCUCGCUGAUGUUUAUCACAUGCUCGAAAAGGGCUAUCGCAUGGAAUGCCCGCCGGGCUGCCCCAUCGAGGUGUACGAACUGAUGCGUGGCUGUUGGCAGUGGAAUCCUGUCGAUCGACCCUCCUUCCGCGAAAUACAUCACGCGCUCGAACACAUGUUCCAAGAUAAUUCUAUCACUGAAGAGGUGGCGAAGCAGCUGCAGGAAGGGGUAUGCGCAGGCACUCCACAAAUGUCGGUGAAGAAGGUGGGCAUCAGCGCCAGUGGCGGAGAGCGCGGCGUGCAGAUGCGUCGUCCUACUAACAGACGCGGCAAACAAGCGCCUACACCGCCGAAGCGGACCAGCCUAUUAUCAUCGUGCAGUUCGUUUCGCGAAUCGCAGUACGCGACCGAGGAGCAAGGCGGCCAUGACGAAGGGCUCGCUUCGCUUAACGGCGGGGGUCGAGGCGGGGGUCGCGAGGCUUCGUCUGAGGGCUCAUUGGCGGAGGCGACACCUGACACUGACGAAUCAGGCGGUAUGGGUGUGCCUGAGCAUAGGCACAGAUCCAAACGGAGACACCAUGCGCACGCGCAAGCUUCGCACCACCCGCCAGCUCACGAACUGCAGCCAAAGCCCGGGGUUCAAGUAGCAGCACUUGAAGUUCAAAAUGUAAAGCGCGCUAUAAAUAGAUAUGGAACAUUGCCUAAGGGAGCACGUAUCGGCGCUUAUUUGGAAUCAUUACGACAGAGCGGUGGCGCUGGCAGUAACCCGCAGUGCACUAGCAUUCCUCGGGAACCACAACAAGAUGAAGCGCGCUCUUUGUCUCCCCGCACAGCCCGGGCUCAACCGCACAUGAUUCGGUCCAACUCAUCUGGAGGUGUAACAGCUCCUGCACCGGCUUCCCCCCGCGCCUCCCGAGCGGCGCCACCCCUGCGAUCUUUUACUAACAGCCCCGCAAAACCGAGGCCCAGGCUAGCUGAGCUAGAAUUUCCUCCUCCGCCGCCCGAUCUUCCCCCACCGCCUGAGGAGUCCGCGCAACCCCCGCCUCCUCCUCCACCGCCAGAUUGUUGCCGCGAUGCUGGUACGGACACGGCGGACAGACUUGAGGACUUUUCUAUUAUUCUACAAGCUCGUUCAGAAGCAGAAGAAAAACCAGCGAAACAGAUCAUGAAGGAGAUGUUAGAGUUAAAACUCGUUGCCGAAAUCAAGGAACGUGCAGAUAAAAAGAAACAUAAACUAAAAGAAUCACCGCCGUCUCAUGAAGUUAUUGAGAUGCAUACCUCGUUCGGUGAUCCAGUCACACGGCUAGUCUCAGAACUCUCCGAAAGCUUAAACAUGGAAGCACUGCGUAAAGCAGAAAAGAAAGUGGAGCCUCCAAAAUCUAUUGACAGUGGGAAAGAGUCCAUAUCUCCGAUAGACCUCAAAGCUAGUCUCAGAAAGACGUCUUACGGCAGCAACGUCGAAAAGAAAUCUGAAUUUGAAGGAAAAACUGAUUUUAAGUCCCAACUCAAGAAAGUUGAUACAAAUAAAAUAAACAUUGCGUCCAAGGAUGCAGAAGAGCCCGGACGCUCUAUAAUUGAUUUCAAAUCGCGAUUACGGAAAGUUGAUGGCGGGUCACCCGCGACUAAUGGAACUACCAAAAAACCAGAGCAGAGUUCUCCAGAAGAUUCUAGAAAAGAUGUGUCGAUUAAGAGUGAUGACUCGGAUAAGAAACGCUCAGAAAGUGGUUCGCUGGAUAAUAGCGCCGGCGACGACGAAGAUAAAAGACGAAGUACUGGUAGUAUAAGCAGCUUAAAGAAACUGUGGGAGAGUAAAGAAACAGAUGAGCGACUAAGCCCUAAGUUAAAACCAAAAGGAGAAGAGGUUGAAGAAGCUUCUCCUGAAGACCGAAGUGGAAACAUUACUAGAAGUGGUAGUGUGCAAGUACGGAGAGGUGAAGAUAAACCGAUAGUGGCUAGUAAGCCCGCCGUGCGCGCACGACCCCUCGCCAAAAGUGGAAUAUACGCAACCCCCCUUGCGCCUCCUGGAUCUUCUGAUGCCGACGAUGGGGACGCACUGGCCGCUCUAAGAGUAUCUUUAGAGUGGUGUACUAAUGAGGUGCGUCGUGGGUGCGGCGGGACCAGUGGCGGGCGCGGCUCGCUCUGGCGGCUUCAGACAUCUGAGCGCCUCGCUCGACUAGGCGGGGCGUGCGCGACCGCGGCCGCUGCCAGCCGCUGCGCGCCGCAGUUACGCGUACAGCUGCGCGCUGCGGCCGCUAGACUCGAAGCAGAGGCGCGUGCGCUCGCCUCUCCCGCACCUCAUCACCACCACCUCGCCGACGGUGUUGAGCAGGCACUAAGGGAUCUCGCCACUAUCGUUCACAGAUAAAAAGGGCAAUGACAAGCGGAAUCUCCACCGCGUCAGCGCAGGCGGGUCACGCUGCAGUCCACGCUAAUGAACUUCCCUAAUUAACAGACUACACAAACGUCGACUGUAAAAACCUUACUUGACGUAUUUAACACUUUCCGAGCAGACUUCCCAAUAUCGUAAGACUUCCCCCGCUUAACAAAACAAAACCACCGUUAACUCAUAUCCAACGAGAUUCGAUUACUCAAAUGUUGCUCGGUAAUCGUUAUUUAUUAUUACUAACGCAAACACGCCAAAGAAAAUAACCCGUUCCAUUUUGGACACACUCUGCCUAGACAUGUUCCGUCGUAUGAUUACCAUCAAAAUACUCUUGAUUUAGAUUAUAAACGUGUGUGUUCUGUAACAUGCGGUAUAAGAUAUGUGGUAUAUUUAUUGAAUUAUAAGUACAAACGCUGAAAACUUUAACAUUGCCGUCACAAAGUAAAGCAAAGGGUAAGUAGUUGACAAGUACAACCAUUUCCCGGAAUAAAUAAUAAGUAUAAUAAAUCCUUUUUGGCAAGUACCAUCUCUAAAUAUUUAAGACUGACAUUAAAAAAAAAAUCAUCUACUUUCUAAUGUUUAAAACAUUAAAUUCCUACUGCCUUUGAGAUCUUAUCUUAAAUCGUAUCGUUUAAAACAAACAGUAAUUAUGAGAGUCAGUAUUUAAUGAAUAUAAAACAUUUUAGACUUAUCUAAUAGCAAAUACAUUCCUCUACCCGUUCCAUAAGAAUUGUAUUAUUUCCAACGAUUUAACUUGAAAUAGUAAUAGAUUUUUUAACUGUAUAGUUCAUUAUUUUCAGUGCCAAAUAAUAUAUUUAGUAUGUGAAAUAAGUGGCACGUUCGUGCCUAUGUAAAACAUCACCGAUUCUCCUCUAUCUAACCGAAGUAAACUUGGAGGCCAAUAAUUUGCUUCUAGGCUCUAUGACACUAAUAAUAGGAUUAACUUUGAAACUGUUAUUUGUUACUUUACAAUUCUAUAGUAUCAAUAUAUAGUGGGUGUUGUAGUUGUAAUCGUUGCAGCUAUGCGAGCGGCGCCUGUACAGCUUCCGCUAUCGUAUUCAUAAGGUUUAAAAUGUAGCUAAUACAGCGCUCUCGUUUCCCGCAAACAUUCCUCAUUGACUUCAUCUACUUAAUUGUAUUAACUGUAUCGUGUAUUAAUCGCCAUUUAGCAUUUAAUUCAAUAUAUUAAUAUAAUAGUGUAUUAGAAUUUCGACUUGGACCAAUAAAUAUGCAUUUUUUUUUGUUUUUGGUUUAAUAUGGGCGUCGCUUCAAUUGCCCCACAGAGGGCAACGCUUGCGCCUUUACGUUAAAGACUGACGUGGAUUGGUUCGUUUCAGGCCUACUAAUAACGAUAAAUUUUAUAUUGUAUGUGUAUACUGCGCGUCACAAUUAAUUACAUCAUUAGAACCUGGUGCAAUCUGAUUGGUAUUAAUCUUUUGUUUUAUAUAAUAAUUGCAGGUAAAAAUAUAUUUUGAAUGUACUAUUUAAGUUAGCGUACUGUGAUACGGCUGUUAGAAAUCGGUUUAUUAUGCUCAAAAAAUCUUUCAAUAUAUAUUCUCUUAUAAUAACAUUUGUAGGGUCAGUCGAUCAAUAGGUAACAAUUUGUAUUAAGGAUCGUUAAGAAUUAUACUGACGUAUGCUAGUCUUUAUUAUUAUAAUAAAUGUAUUACAAUGUAUAAGAUUAAAUAUAUAUACGUAAGUUUUCUUGAAUAUAUUUGCGUACAAUUAUUCACAAUAUUUUAAUAAUCAUUAUAUAAUAAGUGUUUUGUAAUAGACGGAGGGUAUUUGUAUUCUUGUGAAACUGAAAUGAUUCAAUGCCCAUCGGGAAAGUUUUACCAAACGCAUAUUAACCUCCAAAGCUCUGUAGAUAUUGCUUACCAUUUAGAGGCGAAGAAUCAUUUCGCUGAAGGCCAUAGCCUAUUGUACUCAAACGUUUGCGUGUAGUGUAGCUCACUCUGAAAACAGUUUAGAAGCAAGAGGCCGAUGUGGCAAAGCUCAAAACGGAUCGAAUUUAUAGAGGGCGGUUGAGGGGCGCGACCUUGUUUUGUAAGGCGUUCUUUUGCUAUAUACAUCUGUUCUACAUAACGCUUCCUUGUUUUGACUUUAAUAUAAUAUUUAUGACACUUUCAUUCAUCAGAUCUAUUCGGAAUAUUGGUUUAUUAAUAUCGAUGAUUUGUCUAAUUACUUAAUAAAACUGAUUAAUAUAUAAUAGUUGAGCCGAAACAAGGUAUUAAAAAUAUUACCGUCUAUUUAAAAUCAGUAAGGGCGCUUUACAUUCUAGUCACGCGAAAGUUGGAAUUGAAGUAGGAUUUGAAAUGAACUGCAUUCAGAGUGUUAACCAGUUUUAUAUGAUUGUGUCUAUUAUAUAUAGAAGAACUGUCGAUUACUUCAGUGACUAAUCUAAUCACGGCAUAUCCUCAAUUUCAUGUUUUGAUCAUAUCAUAGCUUAUUUGUAAUAGUCUUAUUAAAUGUGGAGAUUUCAACGUCGCUUAAAUUGAUGUUCGCUGGCAAGCUGAUGUUAUAAUAGAAAUAAUGUAUUCGUGUGUUACCCAUCCCAUGUCCUGUUUACGAAAUUCAAUGUUCCCUCUUAAUUAUUCCAACCGCCUUCUUUCCUUAUGUUUAUUAUAUAAUAGAAUCCAAAGAUAACAUUCAGAUGUCCAGCUGUAAUGGAAUUAAUAAAAUGUUUUCUUUAUGAA